AUGGGCCUGGUAAAAAUCAACAACUACAAGGAUUACUGGUCUUCUCAUCCUGGGCUGCGCAACAAGCUAAUUUCACAGACCAUGAAGCACCAUCGAUUUGAUGCCCUCAGUCAGCACAUCUCCUGCAAUGACCCGGACAAAAACCCAGAUCUGAUACGUGACAAAGUUCAUCGCUACCAUGCCAAGAAGAAAUCCCCACUUCAUCCAAUCCUGCCUGCAUGUGACAAGGUGCGCCGAAAAUGUCUCAGAAACUACAAACCACACCGGGAGCUGAGUCUCGACGAGGCCAUGGUGAAAUACCGAGGUUUUAAAGCCAGUGUAAGGAAGUUGUUAAUGCCCUUCAAGCCCAUUCGCACUGGAUUUAAGAUCUAUGUCCUCGCUGAGGCAGCCACGGGAUUCUUCAUCAACUUCACUAUUCAUCCCCACGGAGGAACCCCUACAAAGAUGGUAGACAUUGUGAUGGCGACAGCAAAGCAUCAACUCAACCUUUACCAUCAUAUUUUCACAGACCGGCUCUACACCUCAGUUUUCCUGGCUCCUACCCUCCUCGCUAAGCGUACCUAUCUGACUGGUGCUGUCAAGAGUAAUAGUAAAGGGCUACCAAAGGACUUCACAACAUCACAGAGUAAUCCAAAUCACAAAAAGGUCAAGCACUUGAACACCUGCGAAAGGGGAACCUUUUAUACCCGCCAGAACGGCCAACUGACAUCAUGCCUUUGGAAAGACAGCAAAGUCAUGAUGCUCCUGUCAUCUGCACACCAAGGUUGGAGGGAUCCAAACACAGGCACGGUGGUGCGCAAAGUGGCCAACGCAGAUGGACGACUUAUAGCCUUGUGA